CGCGCCAUUAAUCUUCGUUUAAUAUCAAGGGAGAUUAUCAUCAUUAUGUCUGGAAGAGGCAAAGGCGGUAAAGGACUCGGGAAAGGAGGCGCUAAGCGUCACCGUAAGGUGCUGCGCGAUAACAUCCAGGGAAUCACCAAACCCGCCAUUCGUCGUCUAGCCCGCCGCGGCGGAGUCAAGCGCAUCUCCGGUCUGAUCUACGAGGAGACCCGCGGUGUGCUGAAGGUGUUCCUGGAGAACGUGAUCCGCGACGCCGUCACCUACACCGAGCACGCCAAGAGAAAGACCGUCACCGCCAUGGACGUUGUGUACGCGCUCAAACGACAGGGACGCACCUUGUACGGUUUCGGAGGAUAAACCGCUUCAGAUCCGAGAACAAACUCAACGGCUCUUUUAAGAGCCACCCACACUCUCACUUAAAGAGCUCUUGGUGCUGCAUAUUAUACGAAAAGUGUUUAUACAGCCGUUACAAAUAGUUUAGUCUUAUGGAUCUGAUAGGUCGUUGUUGUUUUUAAAGAUGCUUUAAGCAUCAGUGCAUUUUAGACGUUUACGUUAAAAUAAAAAGUUUUAUUAACUUUUCUUUAUUCUGUUUAAGAGAAAGAAUAUCUGAUUUAAGGCUUAAAGUUUAAGGUUACAUACGUAGAAUUAUUUCGGCAAAUAAAGGCGAAUCUAUUUUAAUCAAAGGGCUUUUUAUUUUACAUUUCUUUAAACUAUAACAACCGAGCUCCAGGUCAAGAUAUAUUUGAUUAUAUAGCGCUUUUAACGAUAAAGAUUGUGUCAAAGCAGCUUUGCAGUAUUACAUAUGAAAAUUGUGUUAAUAAUGCAAAAGAACAAUAGUAAACACUCAAUGUUAAACAAUCGAUGCUUUUUGGCUAUUUUUCCUUUGUAAUUUCCUUAAUGGAUUUAUAAUAGUUAAACAAUUUGUGCAUGAUAUUUAUCUAAAACUAUUUAUUUUCUCAAAAUAUAUACAUAAAAAAAAAAAAAAAAUAGCGAGAAAUGAAACAAACAACCCAGUCGGGUAGGUGUCGUUCAAACGUGGUGUGGUGGGUGGG